CCCAAAUGUCAGCAAACCGUUCAGCAUCUACGGCCUCCUUGGGUCAGGAGGCGCUUUCUCGUCUAGUAGAAGUGUUCGAAAGCAUCGAUACAGACCGGAGCGGACACAUCGACGAGAGCGAAUUCAAAGCGGCUUGCGAAAAACUCUCACUCUCGCUCACCGAUGACGAAAUCAAGCAAUGCUUCACAUGGGACCAGAACGGCGACGGACGACUCGACCUAGACGAGUACGUAACGUUUGUGUCCGACCGACUGCGACGGACGUUCGAGGAGAUCGACACCGACAUGACCGGAACCAUAGACUUGAAUGAAUUACGUCACGUGAUGCGACGUCUGGGCACAGCCCGGCAACUGACUGACAGAGAAGUGAGGUCGAUGUUUGCGGAAGUGGACGCGAACAGAAGCGGAGAAAUCGAUUUCGAGGAGUUCAGCAACUUCUUUGCACAUCUUCCCGACCCUUCUCUCGUUUCCGUCGCUCAGCAGUGGGCGCAGGGCGUGGGGAUUGAUGUCGGUGCCGACUUCGCGCCGCCACCACUGCCGCCACCUUCUCUGCCGUUGUAUCGCUUUCUACUGGCCGGGGGAUUGGGUGGAGUUGUAUCUAGGACGUUGACAGCACCGCUGGAGAGAAUCAAGCUUCUAGCUCAGACUCAGAGACUUCAACACGGUGCCGGAGUGCUUUCUACAUUGAGUCGUAUGUGGAGAUUGGAAGGUGUUCGAGGCCUUUUUGCUGGCAAUGGAGUCAAUGUUGCACGUGUAUUUCCUUAUGCUGCAUUGAUAUGCAUUGCAUACUCAAACCUGUGCAAGAUGUUUCCGGCGGAAAUUGUUGAUGGCAGGUUAGAGUCGUUAUGGAGGAUGGGUGCAGCAUCGGUUGCUGGGACUUUUGCGACAUUGCUGACUCAUCCUCUAGACGUCGUUCGGGCUCGCUUGACAGUUGCUGGCCAAUUCGGACAAGCUGCAUCAGCAAGGAGACAAGGUAUCAUGCAGACGUUUUCGUCUCUGUUUGAUGCGGGUGGCUUUCGUGGAUUGUAUCGUGGUUUGGGGCCAACUCUGAUGGCGAUCAUACCCUUUCUGGCAGUUCAACAGUCGUCAUACGAUUACCUGAAAAAGAGGGCAUCGAGACGAGACAUGAAGCCAAGCGUAACCCUAUUUGUAUCGUGUGGCAUCGUCGCAGGAACAACAGCACAGACGGUUGUGUAUCCUCUCGAUGUUAUUCGAAGGCUAAUGCAGGUCGAGCAGAAGGAAGUACAGCCUGUGAGAGCAGCAUCUACUGCUCGGCUGGCAAAAGAGAUUGUGAGAAAACAAGGGGCUCGUGGUCUGUACGCUGGACUGCAUGCAACGUAUUUGAAGGUGGUGCCUGCGGCUGCAUUGAGUUUGUUGGUUCGAGAUGCUUGUCUAGGACGGUUGCAGAGUUGAUGAUUCUGAUCUAUUAGUUGAUACAUUUUAGUAAAUCUUUAGGAAUUUUUAUUGUUGAUUGGCUUGCUAUUAGAUGACUGAUAUGAUUAGAUACACUGUUGAUAUCAAACUGGUAGAUUAUAGGAAAUUCAAUUAUUCAAUUUUAAUUGGCCUGCCAACAACACGUGGGAGACCACAUGGAGUUGGUGCUAGGACA